CAAAUUAUUUAGAAAUAACCUUAGCCGAGGUCGUGACUAGGUAGAGAAAGACGAAUCGACUCAUCGAUGAAACACCACUGGGCCGCGGCAUCGUCUGCAGCCAAGAAUCCGAUAAAGUUCAGGAUUCCAACCGCCGAUAAUCUAGUUCCAAUUCGUUUAGAUAUCGAAAUUGAUGGCCAAAGAUAUAGAGAUGCUUUUACAUGGAAUCCCUAUGAUCCAGAUUCUGAAGUUGUGAUCUUUGCGAAAAGGACGGUUAAAGAUUUGAAACUUCCACCAGCAUUUGUUACCCAGAUCGCCCAAUCGAUUCAAUCUCAGCUGGCAGAGUUUCGAUCUAAUGAAGGACAAGAUAUGUACACUGGAGAAAAGAUUGUUCCAAUUAAGCUUGAUCUUCGAGUAAAUCAUACUCUUAUAAAAGACCAGUUCUUAUGGGAUUUGAACAAUUUCGAGAGUGAUCCUGAAGAAUUUGCGAGAACCUUCUGCAAAGAUUUGGGAAUUGACGAGCCUGAAGUUGGACCUGCAGUUGCAUUCUCAAUUAGGGAACAACUCUAUGAGAUAGCAAUGCAGACUGUAGCUUCAACAAGGGAAACAAGAGUACACAAGAAAAGCCGCAGAGGCUUCGAAUAUGUUCCCCCGAGUAAAACCAGUGGACCAGCAGUGGACUUGGUAAAGUUAUUUGGUAGCAGAGCAAGUGUGGUAAGGAAAAGAAAAGAGUGGGAUGUAUAUGAGCCUAUUGUUGAUAUAUUAUCAAAUGAAGAAGUGGAUGCCCUAGAAGCUAGAGAAGAGAAGAAUGCUCGAUGAUAAUAAUGAUGAUUGAGAGUAUUUGGUAUGUUUUUACUAUUUGAUGAUUGAAUGAGGGGUAGAUUCCUCUAGAUAGAAAGUGUUCUAAUGAAUAUGAUUCAUUAUUAGCCUAAUUUGAAGACAUUGUAGAAGUUAUCAAAUAGUUAUGAACAAUAGUUUGAAAAGAUUCAGGUUUUUAAAUAAACCAUGUUGUUUUUGUUAUUUUGGGUGCACUUUUGCAUAAAGUUAUUAUUAUUAUGUUC